CACCUUGGAGAGAGCCGGGUACGGCUCCAUGUCACGGUGGGCAUAGUGCUCCGGGAAAAGGGGUGUAGUUUAGCAAAGAAGGCAAGAAAGGAAACACGAAGGAAUUCUCUGCUCAAGGAGACAAACACAACCUUACAGUACAUAAUGCCUUCUCAAAAUAAAGAUGAUGGAGGAUGGAAGAACUUUGUAUGGAAUUCGGAGAAGAAGGAAUUUCUGGGGCGCACCGGUUCUAGUUGGUCAAAAAUCUUCCUCUUCUAUCUCAUCUUUUAUGGCUGUCUGGCCGGGAUCUUUAUCGGCACCAUCCAGGUUCUGCUCCUCACCCUGAACGAUUACAAACCCACCUGGCAGGACAGAGUAGCUCCUCCAGGGCUCAGUCACUUCCCGCGUUCAGACAAGGCUGAGCUGAUAUUCAAUAUGGAUGACGUGGAGACAUACCUGAAAUACAGCAAAGUCAUGAAAGAUUUCCUAAAACCCUAUGACAUCGAAAACCAGCGGGACCAAAUGAAGUUUGAGGACUGUGGAGAUCAACCCCAGAGUUACAAGAACAGAGGUGAUCUCGAGAGUGACAUUGGUGUCAGGAAGGCCUGCAUGUUUUCCAAGUCUUGGCUAGGACCCUGCUCUGGCAUCGAAGAUGGUAAUUUUGGAUUCGCAGAUGGGAAGCCCUGCUUGAUUGUCAAGCUCAACAGGAUUGUGAACUUCAGACCCAAGGCACUGGCGUCAAACGAAACCAUUCCAGAGGAGGCGCAUCACAGAGUCCAGCCCAAUGUGAUUCCUAUCCACUGCACAAACAAGAAAGAGGAGGAUGCAGGUAAGCUGGGCGAGGUGAAGUACUACGGUAUCGGAGAAGGCUUCCCCCUUCACUUUUACCCCUACUACGGAAAAAUCCUGCACCCUCACUACCUGCAGCCCCUGGUGGCCAUCCAGUUCGUCAACAUCACCUUGAACACGGACAUCCGCGUGGAGUGCAAAGUGUACGGGGGAAACAUUUAUUACAACGAAAAGGAUCGCUACCAGGGACGAUUCGAUAUUAAACUCGGUGUCCACAAAUCAUGACCUCUGAACAGAGUACCUCCUCUCUCUCCCUAUUUUAAGGCAAACUAAGGCCCCUCUUCUGACUUGAGAUACAUAGGCACCAGAGAGAAGUUUCUCACCGGUCUUCCACAAGCGGUUUAACCGAGGGGAUGUUUUUUUGAAUGUACAAGUGUCUCACGUCAGAAAGCGGCCUCCUUUUAGUUUAGGAGAGAUUAAUUAACAAAACCAACAAACAAAAAAAAAAUACAAAAAAGCGAAUAAAAGAAUAUUUAAAAACGCUAGUCUAUAAAACAACACACCAUCUUACACAUGUGGGACCUAACAUUGUCUGUACUCUUUACUUCAAGCUUUCUGCUUUCGGUCUAGGGUUAGAACGUAAACGCCUGGAGGAUUAGCCAUAGCAUAGAAAAUGUAUUCUACUACCGAAUGAGAACUGUCCACGAUCUAAGGGACAUGUCGUUUUAUUGUAAAUUACAUUUCCUCUACCGAUGUAGCCAGCGCUGUUUCGUCCCUCUUGUAUUGUAUUGCUACCUUGUGUGAUUUCCCUAUAUUUAGAAAGUGCACAGUAGUUGUAGGUUGUUUUAAGCCACGCCACGUGUGUGAUUCAGCUUCAUUUGUCAAACGUGCCUACAUAUAUGUAUAGUUACUUAAUGGAAAUACACUGGCCUCUCAACAUUGCCUUUCGGGGGUAUUGAUGUUUGCAUCUUUUAGGUGUGUUAUAGGUGGGUAAUGAACCUUUUUUUCCCCUAAAAUCACUUCAAUGUAGGGGGAAGAUUGUACUUCUCUUAAAAUGAUUCGUUUUCACUGAAUGUAGAUGUUGCCUUUGGUUUUAUGGUGUCAUUCACGUGUGGAGGGACCCUAGCUUUGAUUUGUCUUUGUUUUCUUCCUUGCCUCGUCAUUCUUCUCAUUAUUGAAGCCGUCACACGGUGUGGUCGAAUGUUUUCACUAUUUAUUAAGUGGUGACCUUAAAUAUUCUGUUCUUGCACAUGCUCAUGUUCUGCGGAAACUCGUCAUGAAUGUUAAUAAUGCCAAAGCCAUUAAAGUUAUUUUAGAUUCUAUCAGAAGUAAUGCAAUACCCUGUCCGUCGGGAUGUUUUGUAGGUGUGCGCAAUCAGUGUCAAACAUCCGAAAUGUCAAAUUUCACGAGUCCCACAAGCUCUCAUGUUGGAAACUAAACUGGAAAAGACUAACCAAAAUAAAGAUGAGACUCUAAA